AUGUACUCAAGGUUCUUACACUCAUUUGCAUCUUUGAAUGUGAACAUACCAUUCAUCAAGGUCAUUCAGCAAAUGCCAGCAUUCAUCAAGUAUAUGAAGGAACUACUUUCCAGGAAGAGCUCACUCAAGGGGCGCCAGACCAUAAUGAUGAACAAGGAUUGCAGCACCCUCAUUCAAACACAAUUGCCUGCGAAAAGAAAAGACCCAGGGAGUUUUCAUGUCCCUUGUGCUAUAGGGGAAACAAAUUUUGAUAGAGCACUUUGCGAUUUGGAAGCAAGCAUCAACUUAAUACCCCUAUCCUUGGUAAAAAGGCUGCAGAUCAAUGAGAUACUACCUACAGAUGUAGUCAUAAGGCUGGCUGACAAGACUCAAAAGCAAGCAGUAGGAGUGGUGGAAAAUGUGUUGCUCAAAGUUGGAAAAUACUUUCUCCCAACAGACUUUGUCAUCCUGGACAUGGAAGAGAGUCAACUGCACCCAAUCAUAUUGGGGAGACCAUUUCUAAAUACUGCUAGAGCACUCAUAGAUGUGGAGAAAGGAGAGCUAAUAUUAAGGAUCCAUGAUGAACAACUGAGCUUCAGUGUUUUCAAACUCUCACUGGAAAAAGAUGAAGAGGACAAAGAAACGAGCAAAGUGCAUCAUGAGAUACUAAAGGAAGAAGCAAGCACUGAAGCACAAUCAGCUCAUUGA